CACUAACAAGUUACCAUCCUGACCCGACACAGUUCUUCGCUACGCAAACACAAUACGCAAUCAACGCUUUAUUCAUUUCAGCCUCAGAAACAAACAAGUUAGCGUGAGCUUUUCUGAUCUCAAUUUCUCGCGUUCUAUGAUAUGAAAUCAAAUUAAUACCCACAAAAUUGUUCUAUUUGAUUUUGCCCACAAAGUGUUUGAUGUGUGUACUGAAUCAUAUUUUGCCACCAACUUUGAUUUAAUUUUAUUCAUUACUAGUCAGAUGUCACCUGCCCCCAAACUGCUUUUCGACUUCCAGUAUCCACUGAUGAUUACAUAUGUUGACAUUGUGAGUCUCACCGGUAGGGUUAAUAUUAAUUUAAUCAAAUGAAAUGCAGAUUGUCUAACACUGUUGUGUAUUUCUUGGUUGAGUGUAGAAAAUAAUGGUGGUAAAUUUGUUGCUUAUUUUGCCUUAAAAAAAAAACUAGAAAUUUAGUUGCCUCUUGUCACAGCGCUCCUAUGGAUUUGUGUUAUGACAGUGUUGGCAGACCGAGGAAUCUAGAAAACAUGAUAACUGCAUAUUUAGCCAAACGUUAGAAUGACCUUGGCAUCAUUCAGUCUCACUGUUCAGUUGCUAUUGGAAUUGACAUCAAUUUUAAUUAUCACCAUUUCCCUUUAGCGUGAAUAAAUCAAGUUGUUCUGAAGUAGUAAUUAAUGUCUUUGUAAAAUAUUUUCUCAGACGCAACAAUUCAUUUAAGUGCGUGUUGUAAUUCUUAUACAUAAACAUAGGAUCAACUUAUGCAGAAACACCCUCCCCCUCCCCUCACUUUUUAGGUUCGUAAUUUUUAUUUUUUCUGCUAACAAGUGUCCUAUUUUUUUUAAUUUAAAAUAUGUCAUCCUAUGCAUGAAAGCAGAUUGCAGAUAUUGAUCGAAAUAAAUGAGAUCCGAGGCCUUCCAAACAGCUAAGAUCUAUCGCCUUCUUCUUAAGGCAGUCAAGAAACACAUUGGGAAGGAAGGGAACAAGAGACACUUUUUAGAAUUUGUGACCUCGGAGUUCCGUAAGAACUGUAAUCUUUCUGAUGGUGUGGCUGUCCAACAGAAAAUAAAACUUGCACAUGAUUAUACUUUUCUGCUUAACAGUGUACACCAUCACAAGGAUUUGCUUUUCUCGUACAAUAUUGCUGUGGAUAGGUCAGAUGAAGUGAAAAGGACUCUUGGAAAAUCUGCCGCAACUGUUGGUCUUCGGCUUCCUGAUGUUUAUCAGCCAUAGUGAUUGGCAGUGUUAUUUUUUGCAAGCAUGGGACCUGCCUUUGCACUAGUGCAGAGAAGAGACUACUGAAUUGAAGUAUACAUUACUUUUCCUUCACUAUUGGAAUUACUAACCCAGGAAGUUUUGGUGGGUUGACAGUUUCUUUUAAAUGAAAAAAGUGUCAAACAUAUUAUCUAGAUCAAAACUUGAGAAGAAAAAUAGGAAUAAGACUCGGAGCUGAUGAAUAAACUAUAUCAUUCAUGCAUUAGUUCCUUUUUCUAAUAGCGGGUAAGAAGGAUCUUUCUUUCCAGUUAAUGUUUGUCUCUCCAUGUUUCUUAACAGAAACCAACUCUUUACUCUUCUCAGUUAUCUUCUUUAGGGCACACUGUGGUUGUUAGAGGUA